GAUGAAGAGGUUCCGGCUGCUGCCGCCAUUGCCCCGCAGCGCCGCCGUCUCCGUUGGCGCCCGGGCCUCGGGACAAUUAUUCCCGUUUUUUUGGGAAUAUCGCGGGGGGAGCGGGUGAGUGCGGAUCCCUCGGGAUGCUCCCGGUUCGGUUCCUGCGGGGGAAACGGGAGAGCGAGGACAAAACCAGAGAAUCAUCCUAAAAAUCCAUGGAAAAUCCAAAUUAUCCCAAUUUCCCCUCAUUUUCCUCAUAAUUUCCUGCAAUUUCCAACCUUCCAAAUCCCUUUUUUUUUUGGGGAAUAACAGGAAUAAAACCCAUUCCAAACUUUCUCGCCUCGAGCAGGAAUUUUCCAUUUCCCAUCCCGCAUGGACAGAGAAACCUUGGAUUUUUCCACCGCUUUUUUCCAGGAUUUUGAGAAUUCUCCGGAAGAUUUUCCCGGGGAUCGAGUGGAUUUUAUCGACAAAUCCGAUUCUUUCACGUAUUCCCAAUUUUUCCGGGAUUAUCUCCUUCCCAACCGUCCCUGCGUGUUCUCGGCCGAGUUCACCAAGGAUUGGAGCAGUCGGAAAUUCUGGGUCACUCAGGAUGGGAAACCCAACCUGGAGCGGCUCCUGCAGGAAUUCCAAGGAGCAGCCCCGGUUCCGGUGGCCAACUGUGACCGUCGGGAAUACAAUUCCCACCCCAAGGAGCUGCUGCCCUUCCCGGAAUUUGUGGAAUAUUGGCGGGAAUUCAUCAGCAACGGGCACCGCUCCUCGCGCGGCUGCCUCUACCUCAAGGACUGGCACCUGAGCAGAGCUUUCCCGGAGCGGGAAUUUUACAGCAUUCCCGUGUAUUUUUCCUCGGAUUGGCUCAAUGAAUAUUGGGAUGCCGUGGGCGCCGACGAUUUCCGCUUCGUCUACAUGGGACCCAAGGGAUCCUGGACUCCGUUCCACGCCGACGUUUUCCGCUCCUACAGUUGGUCGGCCAACGUGUGCGGCCGGAAGCGCUGGCUGCUGUAUCCGCCGGGAGAGGAGCGAUUCCUCACGGAUAUCCACGGGAAUCUCCCCUUCGACCUCACGGCUCCGGAAUUCCGGGAUCCGCGGAUUUAUCCGCGCUCCGGCCGCGCCCGAGCCCCUCUGGAGAUCAUCCAGGAAGCCGGAGAGAUCGUCUUCGUUCCCAGCGGGUGGCACCACCAGGUGCACAACCUGGAGGACACCAUCUCCAUCAACCACAACUGGCUGAACGGCUGCAGCGUGGGGCGGAUGUGGCGCUUCCUGCGGGAGGAGCUGGGGGCCGUGCGCCGGGAGCUGAGCCGCUGGCACGGCCCCGACCGCCACGACCCCCUCCAGUGCCAGCUGCUGCUGAAAUCCUGCACCGGCAUCGACUUCCCGGAAUUCUACAACUUCCUGCGGCUGCUGGCCGAGAGCCGCCUGGCGCUGCUGGAAAACCGGGAAUGCUCAUCCUGGGAAAAUUCCCCCGGAUCCGCAACCGGCCUGGGAACGCCGCAGAAUUCCCAAAGUUCUGUUCCCGCCUUGGAAACUCCCCAGAAUUCCCAAGGAUCCGUUCCCACUUUGGGAACUCCCCAGAAUUCCCAAAAAUCCGUUCUCAGCCUGAAUUCCCAAAGUUCUGUUCCCACCCUGGAAACUCCCCAGAAUUCCCAAGAAUCUGUUCCCAUGUUGGAAACUCCACAGAAUUCCCAAAGUUCUGUUCCCACCCUGGGAAUUCCCCAGAAUUCCCAAAAUUCUGUUCCUGCCUUGGAAAUUCCGCAGAAUUCCCAAGGUUCUGUUUCCACCUUGGAAACUCCACAGAAUUCCCAAAGUUCUGUUCCCAGCCUGAAUUCCCACGGCUCCGUUCCCACUUUAGGAAUUCCCCAGAAUUCCCAAGAAUCUGUUCCCAGCCUGGAAACUCCACAGAAUUCCCGAGGAUCCAUUCCCACCUUGGAAACUCCCCAGAAUUCCCAAAGUUCUGUUCCCACCCUGGGAAUUCCCCAGAAUUCCCAAAAUUCUGUUCCCAGUUUGGAAACGCUGCAGAAUUCCCAAAAUUCUGUAUCUGGCCUGGAAAUUCCACAGAAUUCCCAAAGUUCUGUUCCCACCCUGGAAACUCCCCAGAAUUCCCGAAGUUCUGUUCCCAGCCAGAAUUCCCAAAGUUCUGUUCCCAGCCAGCAUUCCCGCGGCUCCGUUCCGGCGUUGGGAAUUCCUGAUGCCGUGUUUGACCUGCAGCGUUUGGCCGCGGUGCUUCGCUCCUUCAUCGCCAACCGGGAAUUCCAGCGGCUCCCGGCCCCUUCUCCGCCCCCUCCGGAGCUGCUCCGGAGGCUGGAAAAGGCCUUGGACACCGCCCUGCUGGGAAUUCCCCAUUCCCGACAUUCCCGAGAUUCCCAAGAUUCCCAAUUCCCGGAGGAAUUCGGGAAAAGCCGUCCCAGCUGAAGGAAAAUCCCAGGGUUUUUUUACGGAUUCUAAAAAAAAUUCCCUCCUCUGGUGUUGGAAUGAUGGGAAUUCCACGCCUUUUCCGGGAGCAGCUGAGGAAUUCUGUGGAAUUCCAUGGAAUUUGUGGAAUUUAAUGGAAUUCUUGUUGAAUUUAGUGGAAUUUCAUGGAAUUUCAUGGAAUUUGUGGAAUUUCAUGGAAUUCCUGUUGAAGCCGGAGCUGGAAGCAGCAAUGGACACGGGAAUUCCCAAUUUUCCCGCCUUUAUUCCAAAGAUUUGGAGCUUUAAUCCAACAGAAAUUCGGGAAUGAGGGAGAAAUUCCCACAGUUUGGAGGAAUUCGGGAAAACCCAUCCAAGCUGAAGGAAAAUCCUGGAUUUUUUUACAGAUUCUGAAAAAAAUUCCCUCCUCUGGUGUUGGAAUGACGGGAAUUCUGUGACUUUUCCAGGUGCAGCUGAUGAAUUCCGUGGAAUUCCAUGGAAUUUGUGGAAUUUAAUGGAAUUCUUGUUGAAUUUAGUGGAAUUUCAUGGAAUUUGUGGAAUUUUGUGGAAUUCCAUGGAAUUUGUGGAAUUUCAUGGAAUUCUUGUUGAAUUUAGUGGAAUUCCAUGGAAUUUGUGGAAUUUCGUGGAAUUCUUGUUGAAUUUAGUGGAAUUUCAUGGAAUUUGUGGAAUUUAAUGGAAUUCUUGUUGGAGCUGGAGCUGGAAGCAGUGAUGAACACGGCCCUGCUGGGAAUUCCCGAUUUUCCCACCUUUAUUCCAAAGGAUUUGGAGCUUUAAUCCAACGGAAAUUCGGGAAUGAGGGAGAAAUUCCCAGAGUUCGGAGGAAUUUGGGAAAACCCAUCCAAGCUGAAGGAAAAUCCUGGAUUUUUUUACGGAUUCUGAGCCUCGCUCAGGGAAAAAAUUCCCUGUGGAUCAAACCUGGAAGAGGAAAAACGGGAAUUCCUGAGCUCUCCCAGCUCCAGCUUUUCCAGCUUUUUUUUUUUUUGGGAAUUCCUGCUGAAUUCCAUGGAAUUCCCUGGAAUCCGGAGCUGGGUUUGGCUCUUCCAAAGGUAAAUUCCAUGAAAUUGAGAAUUUUUUCCAUGAAAAUUCCAUUGGGGAUCGAUUGCAUGAAAAACUCGGAGCCGAAUCUGGCUGGAAUCAUCCUGAGAAAAAAUGGGAAUGGGAAAAUUGGGAAUUCCCACCCGGAAUUCCAUCGGAUUUUCCCAGGGGAGCUUCCCCUUCCUGCUUUUCCUUGGAAAAAUCGAAAAGCUGGAAGCACAAAAGGCCGGAGCUAAAAAAACUUGGAAUUUUGGGAAGUUUUAGGAAGCGGAACCGGGAAUCCGCCUCGUUUUCCAGAGAAUUCCUUGGAUUUUUUAUCCAGUUUUCCAAUGGGGAAUUUGAGGUUUUUAUUCCCAAGAAAUCUCGAGGUGUUUAAUGGAGAAAAUUCCCGGAUUCCUGGGAAGAAUUCCAAAGGAAAAUUGGGAAUAAGGAGCACGCGGAGCCUGGAAUUACUUCGGAAUUCCCGGAGUUUUAUUUAAAUAAAAAUUCCUGGUGAAAUUCCCGUGGGAUUCUCGGGUUUGUUUUGGUGAUUCCGGGGGUUUUUAUGGAAGUUGGGAAAAUGGGAGGGAAAACUGGGGAAGGUUGUUUUUCCAGGAAAAAUUCCUGUGGAAAAUGACAAAAAUUCUGGGAAAAAUGAAAAAAUUUCUUGGGAAAAAUAAAAAAAAAAAAAAUCCUGGGAAAAAUGACAAAAAUUCUUGGGAAAAUAAAAAACAAAUCCAGGGAAAAAUGAAAAAAUUCUGGGGAAAAAUAUAAAAAUUCAGGAAAAAUUAAAAAUUCCUGGGAAAAAUGAAAAAAAAAAUCUGGGGAAAAUGACAAAAAUCCUUUGGAAAAAUGAAAAAAUUCCAGGGAAAAAUGACAAAAUCCUGGGGAAAAAUUACAAAAUUCUGGGAAAAAUGGAAAAUUCCUUGGGAAAAUAAAAAAAAAAAUCCUGGGAAAAAUGACAAAAAUUUCCUGGGAAAAUAAAACAAUUCCUGGAAAAAAUGGUAAAAUCCCAAUGGAAAAAUUACAGAAAUCCCUUGGAAAAAUUAAAAAAAAAAAAAAAUCCUGGGAAAAAUGGAAAAAAUCUGGGAAAAAAUGGAAAAUUCCUGGGAAAAAUGAGAAAAAUCCUCAGGAAAAUAAAAAAAAAAUCCUGGAAAAAUGUAAAAAAUCCUUGGAAAAAUAA